AGUGGAAAUAUUCAACGAGACACACAGAGUGGAAAUAUUCAAAAAGAUUUACAAAGUGGAAAUAUUCAAAAAGAUUUACAAAGUGGAAAUAUUCAGCGAGAUUUACAAAGCGGAAACAUUCAACAAGAUUUACAGAGCGGAAAUAUUCAAAAAGAUGUACAAAGCGGAAAUAUUCAAAAAGAUUUACAGAGUAUACUGUUAAAAUAUCCAGAUCACAUGUACACGAGCAGAUUGAUCAAUACACUAGAGAUCACAGAGCGGUUAGAAAACAUGAAAAUAAUUCAACAAAGUAACCAAAUUUAUUCUGUAGAAAUUCCAGACAAUUAA